AUGCCCCAAACCAAACAGAUAGAUGGCUUAGGGAAUAGAACUGGACAUACCUUUAACAAGCAAGCAUGGACUGAUAUGCUGGCUGUCUUUAAUGCAAAAUUUGGAUCUCAAUAUGACAAAGAUGUGUUGAAAAGCCGCUACACAAAUUUGUGGAAGCAAUUCAAUGUUAUCAAGAAUAUCCUUGGACAGAGUGGGUUUUCUUGGGAUGAAACUAGACAAAUGGUGGUGGCUGAUGACUACUUGUGGGAUGCAUAUAUCAAGAUACAUCCAGAAGUGCGGCCGUACAAGACCAAAGCAAUACUCAACUUUGAUGACAUGUGCUUGAUAUAUGGGUAUACAGUUGCUGAUGGAAGGUACAGCCGUUCAAGCCAUGAUUUGGAUGUUGAAGACGAAAAUCUUCAAGUGGCAAUCUUUGGUAAUGGAAGCAGUGGUAUGGCCCCUUCAAGUAGUUCAAGGACAGAGUGGACACCAGAUAUGGACGAUUAUUUUAUUAAAUUGAUGCUGAACCAACAAGAAAGAGGAAAUAAGCAUGACAACACCUUCACAAAACAAGCGUGGACGGAUAUGCUCGUGUUGUUUAAUGCAAAAUUUAGUUCCGAUUAUAGCAAAAGAGUAUUAAGACACCGUUACAAAAAAUUAUGGAAGUACUGUAGUGAUUUAACGACUUUGCUGAAACAGAAAGGUUUUUGCUGGGAUGAGAAAGAGCAAAUGGUGAUAGCUAAUGACGAUGUUUGGGAUGCCUAUAUUAAGGCACAUCCACAUGCUCGAUCUUAUAGAACCAAAAACUUUCCGAACUAUAACAAUUUGCGACUGAUUAUCGGGGACAUAGUCGGCGAGGAAAGCCAGAGUGAUUCCCAUCAGGACAAAUACAUUAAAAAUGAGGCCAUUGCUGCAAAUGCUGGCAGUGUGCGCUCAAGAACAUAUUGGACGCCACCAAUGGACCGUUUUUUCAUUGACUUAAUGCUUGAGCAAGUGCGUAGAGGGAAUCGAAUUGGACAGUCGUUCAUAACCCAAGCUUGGAAUGACAUGGUUGCAUCAUUCAAUGAAAACUUUAGAUCUCAGCAUGACAAGGAAAUUUUGAAAAAUAGAUACAAACAUUUUAAAAAGCAAUAUAAUGAUGUCAAGAUCCUUCUAGAGCAUAGUGGUUUUUCAUGGGAUGAGGGCCGAGAAAUGUUGACAGCUGAAGAUUGUGUUUGGGAUGCUUAUAUUAAGGCACAUCCUGAUGCUCGAUCAUAUAGAGUUAAAACAGUACCAUGUUAUCACAAAUUAUGUGUCAUAUACGGACAAGAUAAGCUUGAAGGAGUAUACAGCAGUUUGGCCGGCAGCUUAGCUCCAACUACUGAAACUCCUGGUGAUGGGAAGGAUAAAGAUGCCUCUCCUAGUAUAGAUGUAAUUGAAGGUUGGACCAUGUCGAUGGAAAGCUAUCUUAUUGACCUUAUGCUGGAGCAGGUGCACCAAGGUAAUAAAGUUGGUAGUACAUUUAGUGAGCAAGCUUGGGCACACAUGACCUCGAUGUUUAAAGAAAAAUUUGGCGUACAAUACGAGCAACAUAUUCUAGAAGAUCAUUGUCUCAUCUUGAUGAAACAAUACAAUGAAAUCAGCAGCCUCCUCAAUCAAAAUGGAUUUUCUUGGAAUGAAACCCUACAAAUGAUUGUAGCUGAUAAUGAUGCGUGGGAAUUGUAUAAAAAGGUGAACCCGGGCUUAAUUUCUUAUAGAGAUAAAAUCCUACCACAGUACAAUGAUUUGGGUAUUAUUUUUGGACCAACUGAAACAGUGGAAGGAGAAUUGAGCUAUGAGGAUGUUAAAAUAGAAUUUGAUCAAGAUCCUACUAAUGCAAGCACUGAUAAAUAUUCUGGAGAUCUUCCAACAACAGUUCUCGAUUUAGAGACGUGCGAUCAAGCAAAAAAGCGACCAACAGAAGCAUAUACAGGUUUCGAACGUUGUAGCAAAGUGCAAAAAAGUGGCAAAGAAGAAAUGCAAGGGACUAUUACCAACAUCACGGGUGUAGUUGCAAAUUUGGUAAAUAAGGAAGCUGGUAAAAACUAUACUUCCAUAGAGAGUGCCAUCGAGGCACUUCAAGCUAUACCAGACAUCGAUGAUGAGCUUUUAUUGGACGGUUGUGAUUUAUUGGAGGAUGAGAGGAAAGCAAAGACAUUUUUGGCGUUGGAUGUUAACCUCAGGAAAAAGUGGUUGUUAAGGAAGCUCCGAUGCUCAUAA